AGUUAAGAUUAGGGUUUCUUAUAGCUUCCUCUCUCAUUUUUAACUUCCUUUUGCCCGCAGCAGCAGCCGCGCCACACUCUCGACAGUGCUCAUCAACCAUGGCCGAACAGACCGAGAAGGCAUUUCUGAAGCAACCCAAAGUGUUUUUAAGCUCGAAGAAAUCUGGGAAAGGGAAGAGACCGGGAAAGGGAGGGAACCGCUUCUGGAAGAGCAUUGGUUUGGGCUUCAAAACUCCUCGUGAAGCUAUUGAAGGAACCUACAUCGACAAGAAAUGCCCAUUCACCGGCACAGUUUCCAUCAGGGGUCGCAUCUUAGCUGGUACUUGCCAUAGUGCCAAGAUGAUGAGGACAAUCAUUGUUCGACGGAAUUACCUUCAUUAUAUCAAGAAAUACCAAAGGUAUGAGAAGAGGCAUUCAAACAUUCCUGCACAUAUUUCUCCAUGCUUCCGUGUGAAGGAAGGGGAUCAUGUCAUUAUUGGGCAAUGCAGGCCAUUGUCAAAGACUGUGAGGUUCAAUGUUCUGAAAGUGAUUCCUGCUGGAUCUUCCGGUGGUGGGAAGAAAGCUUUCACUGGAAUGUAAGGUUUGAAAGUUUUCUGUUUCAGUCCGGUGUUAUAGGAACUUACGGAGAAGACAUUAAGAAGCUCUUGAACUGUCUCUAGAUUUGAAGAAUCUUUGGCUGCUAGUUGUUUUUUGUUUUUGUUUUCUUUUACAUUUUUUGUUUGGUUUCUAUCAAAUUACGGACAUCUGAAAUUUUGAAGAUACCCCCUAUUGUAUCGUUCUUAAAUAGGCUUGAAUUGUUGCUUAAUUAGUAUGAUCCAGCUUUCCAAGAA